GGCACCCACCUUACCCACAGAUAAGCGGCUCGUUCCAUCGCCCAGGUCAACACCUCAGCCAUGUCCAAAGACUACUACAUCCGCUACGAAUACAUCCUCCAUUCCGACCGUCGAGAACGAUUGUGCUGCAGUGCGUUGACCAAAGAAUAACCCUCUUCCUCCAGCCUCUUCCGACUGCGCUUUUCCUCGCAGUAGGCUCAUUCAAUAUCACAACCAGAGGAUACUGGAUAGGAUACGUUUGGUCCUUCAUCAUCUCUCCUCUUACAACUCUACCCUCCCAUAGUCGUCACGCCGGUCAAGUCCGACAGCUCACUCAACAUGGCUUCCCGGGCCCUUAUCCCCCUUCUUGUCGGCAUGAUGCUGUUGACGGGCGUCUGCAAUACCCUUCUCACAAAGUAUCAGGACAUGCAAUGCGUACGAAACUGCGAUGCGAAGGACCCUACGAAACGGGCUUACUUCAACCAGCCCGUCCUCCAGACGGCACAAAUGUUUGUUGGAGAGAUGGGUUGUUGGCUGGUCAUCGGUUUGAUGAACCUGUAUCGUCGCUACGGACCCGGAGCCGACCCCUCGUCUAAUGGUUACGAGGCGGUUAACACGAAUGAUACCGAUGAUGCAGGUGCUCCUCUUGUUGGCAGCGUGGAUGGACACCCGAAGCCUCAAGAAGAGGAAGGCGGCGCUAUUCUGCGCGGGCCUCGCAUCUUGCUGUUGGCGCUCCCAGCCAUCUGCGACAUCCUCGGCACAACGCUGAUGAACAUUGGUCUUUUGUUGGUUGCGGCCUCCAUCUACCAAAUGACUCGCGGCGCCCUCGUUCUUUUCGUCGGAGUGUUCAGCGUCAUUUUUCUCAAGCGUAGACUCUUUUUGUUCCAGUGGAUGUCUCUCGUCGGUGUCGUCACGGGCGUCGCAAUUGUCGGCUUGGCUGGUGCCAUCUACCAUGAGAACACAAACGAGGCUGACGUCGAGGAAGGCUCUCCCGAGUCUAAUGCCUUGUUGACUGUUGUGGGUGUUCUUCUCAUUGCUGGCGCGCAGAUCUUCACCGCGACACAGUUCGUUUUGGAAGAAUGGAUCCUGGAAAGGUCAUCCAUUGAACCUAUCCGUGUUGUUGGGUUCGAAGGUCUUUUCGGCUUCACUGUCACUGUCAUUGGCAUGAUUGUCUUGCACCUAGCUAUUGGCCAGACCGACGCUGGACGCUACGGAUACUUUGACAUGGUUGAGGGCUGGAGGCAACUCACCCAAAACAGAGCCAUCGGGAUCUCCAGCAUCCUGAUCAUGAUCAGCAUCGGUGGCUUCAACUUCUUCGGUCUCUCCGUCACCAGAAGCGUCAGCGCUACCUCGCGAUCUACCAUUGACACAUGCAGGACUCUCUUUAUCUGGAUUGUCUCCCUCGGGCUGCGCUGGGAGACCUUUAAGUGGCUGCAGGUUGUUGGAUUUGGCCUGCUUGUCUACUUUACCUUCCUAUUCAACGGAAUCGUGCAACCCCCCUUCCAAUUCCUUGUCCCCGAUGAAGAAGUGGAGGAGCUCCUUCCGGAGGAGCCCAUCGAACACCAGUAAAGAGGGGGCGCAUAGUGUGUUAUGCUCAGCGGGGCUGCGAAUGGCUCCAUGUUGUAUUAGGAGUUUAUAUUUUGUGUUGUAGCUUGAAUUAGAUUAGGGAUACGGAAGCGGCUGUAUUUUAGGCGUACGAGAAGGUUCCUCAAAGACAUGGCUCGGUUGCAUUACAU